AUGGAGGGAGAAGACAAUCAAUAUCUCAAGUUGAGCCUACAGAAUUUGAUAAUUUCGAGUUUACCUAAGUUGGAGGUUUUUCCCCAACAGCUCCAAGGAUCUGCAAACACUUUACGGCAGCUAUUGAUUCAAGAAUGUGAAAAUUUAAUUGCUUUGCCGAAGUGGCUGCCACGUCUGAAAUCGCUUCAGACACUUAUGAUUGACAAUUGCCCUAAGUUGUCAUCUCUAUCGGAGGUGAGGAAAGGUCCUACUUCACUAAGAAAAUUCAUAAUUACACGUUUAUCUAAGUUGGAGGUUUUGCCCCAAUGGCUCCAAGGAUCUGCAAACACUUUACAGCUGCUAGGGAUUGGACAUUGUGAAAAUUUGAAGGCUUUGCCGGAGUGGCUGCCAUGUCUGAAAUCACUUCACACACUUCGGAUUGUCGAAUGCCCUAAGUUGUCAUCUCUACCGGAGGGGAUGGAAGCUCUCACUACACUAAGACUAUUGAAGAUCAGAGGUUGUCCUAAUUUGAGUAGAAAAUGCAGAGAAGAAGAUUCGCACAAGAUUGCUCAUGUACAACAGAUUUAUCUCGAAGGGACCUGGUUCACAAAAGAGAUGAAGAUGGCAUCAGCGAGUACUUCCUAG